AUGGCAGCUUUAGGCGAUGAUUUGCGGGAAUUGGACGGCAUAACUGGUGGUCUCCGCCCUCGGAGACAUGACGACGACGAGGAGGGCUCUGAUAAUGACGACCUAGAGAGUACGACCAGCGCUCCAGCUGCUGGGAAUGCAGAAAACCAAGGAUAUGCGGAGGAAGAAAAGGAGCUCCCACCACAUGCAUGCGCGUAUUGCGGUAUUCACAACCCAAGCAGUGUUGUCAAAUGUCUCUCGUGCAGCAAGUGGUUCUGUAGCGCCCGUGGAAACACCUCGUCCUCCCACAUUGAAGUUCAACUACACCCUGCUUCAUCGCUUGGUGAUACGAUCCUGGAGUGCUAUAACUGCGGAACUAAGAAUUCUGAUACGGUCGUCGUUCUACUAUGCCGCCAGCCUUGUGCCGCCAUGCCAUCGUCUAAGGAUAUGAACUGGGACACUUCACGCUGGCAACCACUUAUUGAAGAUCGCUCAUUUCUGCCGUGGCUUGUAGCUGCGCCAUCUGAUCAGGAGCAGCUUCGAGCUCGCCACCUCAGCCCUCAGCUCAUUGCAAAACUGGAGGAAAUGUGGAAAGAGAACUCCCAGGCCACAUUUUCAGAUCUUGAGAAGGCCACUGCUGUAGAUGACGAACCUGCUCCCGUUCUUUUACGAUAUGACGACGCUUUUCAGUACCAAAACAUUUUCGGACCUCUCGUCAAGAUUGAAGCGGACUACGACCGGAAACUGAAGGAGUCUCAGUCGCAGGAUGGUCUGAUUCAUCUAGCUAGUUUUAUUCUUCCAAAGCUUGAGCUUGGAGAUGUUAAAUUGGCCGUAGGAGAUGAAAUGCGGCUGAAGUAUACUGGUGAACUGCGCCCCAAAUGGGAAGGAGUUGGAUAUGUCAUCAAGAUUCCGAAUAACCAAUCUGAUGAGGUCACUAUCGAAUUGCGAGCAAAGGGCGACCACAAGUCAGUGCCUACAGAGUGCACGCAUAAUUUUACUGCCGACUAUGUGUGGAAGUCUACCUCAUUCGACCGUAUGCAACUCGCUAUGAAGACGUUUGCAGUUGAUGAAAUGAGUGUUUCCGGGUAUAUCUUCCAUCGCCUUCUUGGUCACGAAGUCGCAGCUGCACCAAUGAAGACACAAAUGCCGAAAAAGUUCAGUGUCCCUGGCCCCCCGGGAACGGGAAAAACCGUUACUUCUGCAACGAUUAUUUAUCAUCUCGCUAAGCUUAAUGGUGGCCAGGUCUUAACAGUGCGAGUAACGGCCAAAUCUCGUGAGGAUGUAGAAUCGCCUGUUGGGUUCUUGUCAUUGCAUGAGCAACUCAAUCAACUCAAGUCUGAACUCGGGGAGUUGUCGAGUCAAGACGAAAAGCGGCUGAAGCAGCUCACUCGUUCGGCGGAGCGGGAGAUUUUGAACAACGCUGAUGUUAUCUGCUGCACUUGUGUCGGUGCCGGUGACCCUCGGCUUGCGAAACUCAAGUUUCGUACUGUUUUGAUCGACGAGUCUACUCAAUCAGCAGAACCAGAGUGUAUGAUUCCGUUAGUUCUAGGAUGCAAGCAGGUUGUUCUCGUUGGCGAUCACCAGCAGCUUGGGCCCGUCAUCAUGAACAAGAAAGCAGCUAAGGCAGGUCUCAACCAGUCUCUUUUCGAGCGUCUUUACCGUAUGCACCCUUGUCUCUCGGAAUUUCCUUCGAAUAUGUUCUACGAGGGUUCCUUGCAGAACGGUAUCUCUUCCAUUGAGCGCCUUCGUCGUGAUGUUGACUUCCCCUGGCCCAUCAGCGACAAUCCCAUGAUGUUCUGGUCGAACUUGGGCAAUGAGGAAAUUUCCGCCUCCGGUACGUCUUAUCUCAACCGUACAGAAUCGACAAACGUGGAGAAGAUCGUUACCCGCUUCUUCAAGGCCGGCGUACAACCUCAAGACAUUGGUAUCAUCACCCCUUAUGAGGGCCAGCGUAGCUACAUCGUCAGCUCCAUGCAGGCAAAUGGUACCUUUAAGAAGGAACACUACAAGGAAAUCGAGGUCGCCUCCGUGGAUGCGUUCCAAGGACGAGAGAAGGAUUUCAUUAUCCUCUCUUGUGUGCGUUCAAACGACCAUCAAGGCAUUGGGUUCUUGAGCGAUCCGCGUCGUCUCAAUGUUGCGCUUACACGAGCGAAGUAUGGUUUGGCCAUUCUUGGUAACCCAAAGGUGCUAUCCAAGCAUCCUUUGUGGAACUGUCUCUUGCAGCACUUCAAAGAGCGGCACUGCUUGGUUGAAGGGCCUUUGUCCAAUCUUCAGGAAUCCCUUAUACAGUUCAGCCGUCCUAAGCAAGCAUACAGAGGACCCCAGCGAUUCCAGAUGGCAUAUAACCACGCUUCUAGCGUGACCAGUGGAAUGAUGAAUGGACGGAAUGGACAACGCAACGACUUCCAAGAUACUGGCUCAGUGAUAGGUUAUAUUCCUGAUGAUGUUUCUUCUGUCCACUCUUCUGCCCUUGGCGGUGUCGGUAUUCCUUCUGGAUAUCCUCCCAUGUUUCAGAACUUCACAGACUCUUGGCCUGCCCUUCCAGGAGCUCGUAGGGCCAAUGGCAACAGAGGAAAGGGAGCGCCUAGCAUUGCUGGGGAGUCUAUCGCGGCGACAGAGUCUGACGUUACCGCGAGCAUCAUUGAUGGUAAGAGUGUUGACCAGGGCGGCGUUAGUCUCGCCGGUCUUAGCAUCCACGAUAUGAGCAAGCAGCCCAGUCUCAGCCAAUCCGACCGGUUGAAACGCUAUGUAGAAUCCGGUGGUCGUGAGCCUUACAAACCCGGCGUCGCUGAUAAUGGUAGCAUCUUCGGCGGAAGCUCUGCAAGUAUUCGUGUCACUCGUGGUGUUCCGGGUCAUAUUAUUGAUGACGACGAUACACGCAGCGUUUCUACUGCAUUUGCAAGCCAGGUGGGAGGCAACUACGAUUGA